AUGAGCUACUAUGAUAUAGAUGAUAUUCUGGCGGAUGCCAACAAGUUUCCCUGUCGCUUCAACUACGACAUUCCCGGCUUGGGGUAUCUGGAGGGAAACAUCGGCAAGGAUAUAAAGAUAAACGCGAAAGUGGAACUGCCGCUGUGGUUGGCGCGGAUCCUCGCUAUUGUUGGCGGCGAUCCUGGCAUAGGUGACGAGGGAGCCUUGCCAUUCGUUGAACUGAUGGCUCCGGAUAUGCUCUCACCCAAGGUCAUGAAUGCGAUAAAAUCAGGGCCGGUGACGCUCGACGUGCAUUCCAUCAAUUCUCAUUUCUAUGCAUUGGCCGUGAAAUGGGCCACCCUUUUCAACGAUCGCGAUCUAGUACAAAUUCUCAACUAUAUGCUUCUUGAAAGGUCUCAAGAAAUCAACAACUUCGCCUCGAGCAUCCAGCUCGAAAAGCUUGGCCGUGGACGCGAUAUGGGCCCCUUCAUGUUGACCCUGGACGAGUUCGAGAAAAAGCUAUACCGAGAGAGCCACGAAAGCUGCAAGGACAUGAAGAAAUGGAUCGUUCAGAAGUGA